AUGAGUUCGAGUUCAGACGAAGGUGAGCCUUUUCAACUGCGCGAUUUCGACGAAGACACCGACGAUGAAAGACCCAAUAAGCGCAGGAAGAUGACCGGGAAACCUUUAUGGGGAAAAGGCAUAGGCUUUGUGUCCUCGGCUGCGCCAGCGCAAAUUGAGGAUGACCAAGAGGACAAGGAGGAAGACGAAGAUGUUGAUGAUGAACGUCCCACCAUGGGACUAGGAUCUGGUGCCAUAGGCGGGUUUCGAAGCGCCUUCGAUAUAGGCGAAUACGCCGGUCAAGCAGACCGUGAAGAGUCACCUCCGCCAAUGAUGGGCGAGCAGCAGCAACCGGCAAAGCCAAUAGGUGCCGGACGGUCAGCCUUUGCGCCUGGAGGAAAAAUGAACAAGAACUCCUUCGCGGCGCGUAUGAUGGCCAAGCAGGGCUAUGUCGAGGGACAGGGCCUCGGCAAGCAUGGCCAGGGUAUCUCGACGGCCAUACAAGCAAAAGUGCUGCAAAGCAGAGCGGGUCUAGGAACAGGCAGCGGAACACCAGAGCCACCACGAAAAGACAAGCGAACCAAGGACAAGUCUUCGAAACCAUCCACUCCCGGGACAAGCACGCCGAAGAUCAGGGCACCGCCAAAAAAGAAGUAUACAGUGGCGGCCAUCGAGUCGCGAGGACUCCAUGUGCCGGAGGCUAUGAAGUCAGUCAUCAUCGAUGCGACCGGUGCAGAAAACAAGACCGUCUCGUCGAUAUCAGGCUCCGGCUUCUCUACGCCCGUUCGCGAAGCAUCACCCGCAUCACUUGAGCAGUCCAAAGCGGCCGCUCGCAUAAAACUCCAGCUUUCCGCCUAUGUAGACGCUUGGGAUGCCACCAAAGAAGCCGAGGAACGGCUAUCGGAGGAAGCAACACAUCUCUCUGCCGCUGUCGUUCUCCAUAACGAAGAGCAACAAAAGUACGCCGAGCUCAUUACGGCGUUUGAACGCGUCUCCACCGAUGACUCGGCAAGCCCCCGUCCCUGGUCUGAAGUCAUCAAGCGCCUACACGCCAUUCAGUCCACCUACGCCUCCUAUAUUUCGGACCUCGAACUUCCGACCCUCGCCACGUCGACACUGGAGGCUCCCUUCCGCUCCGCGCUCCUGGAUUGGGAGCCACUGACCGAUCCCACCGCAUCUGAUCUUGUCACCUCCCUCACCUCGCUAAAUUCGCUCCUACAGCUCCCAAAAUCCAACUCACCGACGCCACGCAAGCGCACCACUCCCUUCGAAACCCUCCUGCUACAACACUGGUAUCCCUCAAUCCGCAGCGCUCUCCAACACUGGUCCAUCUACGACCCCCUCCCAGCCAGCGCACUCCUCACCGCCUGGGGACCCCUCCUCCCACCCUGGCUAACCGCGAAGCUUCUCUCCGAACUCAUCCUCCCACGCCUCAUCGACGGCGCGCGGCGCUUCCCCAAGCGCGCCGACCAACCCUCUCUAGCCGGAACCUCGACGCCCAUGGACCGCCGCAAAGGCACCGCGCCAGACCUGCACGCCUGGCUCUUCGACUGGUGGUCCCUCAUCUCCUCGCCCGACCUGGACCUCGAGCUCUUCCCGGAAUUGCGCUCCGCCGUCAAAGCCAAAGUCACAGCCGAGGUGUGGCCGCUGUGGAAACCGCUUUUGGGAAGCAGCAAGCCGCGCCAGCCCGCGUUACCAUCCACCACCACUGCCGCUGCUUCCCGCACCAAGGACCACCCGCACGCGGCACCACCUGGCGGCGACGAGGACGACCUCUCCUUCAAAGAUCUCGUGGAGGCGUGGUGCGCGGAGAACGACCUGUUGCUGCAGAGCACGGGCAAGAGCGACGCGCUGGGCCGUCUGCUGUAUCGGCUGGUGGACGUGGCGGGCCGGGGCAAGGGCUUGCGCGUCUACUUUGAGGAGGAGCUGGUGUGCGAUGAACAGGGCGAGCCGUGGGGCUUGGAUGAGGCGCUGGCGCAGCGGGUUAGAGGUCGAUAG